UGUAAAAGUCUGUUCCUCCUCCGAUAAACUUUGACAGCUCACCUGUUCCAGGUGGAACCGUCGAACCGAGGAUUGCUUAGAAGGUUCUGGAAGCUCUGCGGUGGUUCGGCUGAUUGUCCGGGAAGGAGUCUGGCUUUAUGGAUAAACUGAAGCAGGUUCUGAGCGGCCAGGAGGGAGGCAGCAGCUCGGAUGGGAGCGGCAUUCUGGAGGUGCUGUUGGCUGUUAGCCCUUCUGAGGCGGCGGUUCUGAUGGUGGUUCUCCUGCAGGGAACCUGCCUGCUCUGGAUCCCGGGUUUCGGGCUGCCGGUCUUCGCCGUGCUCUACACCAUCGGGAACCUCUGCGCUCUGGCCAGCACCAUGUUCCUGGUGGGUCCGUUACGGCAGCUGAAGAACAUGUGCGCCAAAGUGCGAGCGCUCGCCACCGCCAUCAUGCUGAUCUGCCUGGUUCUGACUCUCUGCGCGGCGUUCUGGUGGAAGAACAACGGAUUGGCCCUGCUGUUCUGCGUUCUGCAGUUCCUGGCCUUCACCUGGUACGGCCUCUCCUACGUCCCCUUCGCCAGGGACGCCGUCCUCAAGCUCUUCUCGCUCUGCAUGUAGAGUCAGCAGCUGCCCGACCAAUCAGGACGCAGGAUGUUGCGUCCAGUCAGGAAGGUCCAAUCGUCACAUGACUGCUUUCAUUUAUUCAGCGGAGGAAUCAUCCGUUUUUCACAUUUAAACUCGGAAUAAUCCGAGUUUAAUCCUGAUUUUAACGCAUUAAUGUCAAUGAAACACUGAUUUUAAUUUAUUUCAUCAUGGCGGCUAUUCAUCAUGGCGGCUUUCCAUCGUGGCGGCUCUCCAUCAUGGCGGCUCUUCAUCAUGGCGGCUCUCCAUCAUGGCGGCUCUCCAUCAUGGCGGCUCUUCAUCAUGGCGGCUCUCCAUCAUGGCGGCUCUCCAUCAUGGCUGCUCUUCCUGGAGUUCUGAGGACUAAAAAAUGAAGGAACUCACACUAACAGCCGCUGAUCAACAGAUUCAUCCUGAAACAACAUUUUAGUUCCUCUCAGCAGGUGGAGAAUCCACUGGUUCUGGUUCUGGUUCUGGUUCAGGUUCUGGUUCUGGUUCUGGUUCUGGUUCCCAGCAUGUAAACCCAGAGGAAUGUUAGCUUAGCGUUUUCUGCUCCGCGGCUGCAGUUCAAAGAUAAUAAUCCACGUUGAGUCACUGCUGCAUCUUGAUCUCCAUCAAAGGAGGAUCUUUAGGCUCAUCUGGACCCAAACGGGUCGGAUCCAGCAGAACUCUGAACAUCUAGACUUUAUUUAUGGAACGAGCCGGAAACAUGAAGCAACAGAAAUAAAAAUGGAGGAUGAUAGAAAGUCAGAUUUCAGCUCCAGACCUUCUCCAUUUAGAUCCAUUUGGUUCGGUUCUGCUGUGGUUCUGUAGCAGCAGGUCUCAGGUAAACAGUGUUUAACCCGGUUCUGAGCUCUGUUAGAACUUAUUCUAAGCUGGUUCCAUGUGGUUCUGACCCAGUUCCUAGUUCCGCCUGUGUGUAUUUCUCAUGCUUAGAACCCAGAGUUAGCGAAUGUUAGCUGCUUCUUAUCGGAUCCGUAGUCUGAAGGGAUGUUCUGCUGGUUUUAGUUUAGAUCAGUGAUCCGUUUAGAACCAGGUCCGGAACCAGCUUCAAUCCGGUUCCGAUCAUUUCAUGGAGAAUUAUGAAAAUUUUUAACAUUUCCUUCAUUUAAAAAUGACUGAAAAUGUAGAAGAAGGUUUGACCUCUGACCCCUCCCCUGGUCCUGAAUUUGAACUCUGACCCCUUCCCUGUUGCUGAAUUUGACCUCUGACCCCUUCCAUGUUCCUGAGGUAUGACCUCUGACCCCUUCCCUGUUGCUAAAUUUGACCUCUGAACCCUUCCCUGUUCCUGAGGUAUGACCUCUGACCCCUUCCCUGUUCCUGAGGUAUGACCUCUGACCCCUUCCCUGUUCCUCAGGUUUGACCUCUGACCCUUUCCCUCUUCCUGAGGUUUGACCUUUGACCCCUUCCCUGUUCCUGAGGUUUAAACUCUGACCCCUUCCUGGCGGUUCUGACUUCCUGGGCUCCCAGGAGGUUCUGACCCGUGGAUCCUCCUGCUGUCCUUUAGCUAACCCUCACCCUGCCUUCAUUUAUUCAUGGAUCAGCUAGAAGUCCUGCUUCCCAUCAUGGGUCCAGAACCAGGACUAGAACCAGAACCAGGACCAGUGGCUCUGCUCUGAAUGAUGGAUGCAGAGAAACCUGGAAGGUAGAACCUUCAGGUCCAGGGCGAUGGUCUGUGUAGGUUCUGGGUAGGAGCUGGUUUCCAGAACUCUUCCUCACAGGUUCUAGAAGGUUCCCCAUGUUACAGUUGCUGAUGUUCUGGGCUGUGAACUCAGAACCGGUUCUGAUGUUUUUUUAAGCUUUGUUACUGGACUUUGUGGUCCGGAUCAUUUCUAUAGAACCAUGUUACUGCAGCGGUUCCCUGCUUGUUUGUGCUUCCUGUUAAUAAAUGUUUGUGUUCCUGAGCCCAGCUGUGUCAGACGGUUCUGUUUUCUGACUCUGGAACCGGACCCCAUCCGGCCCCGCCCGCCUGCUUCCAGCCGUCUUUAUGCCCGUUAAGUCCGUAAAGCCGCUAAUCUCCGGCGCCGCCUGGGCCGCUGAUUACAGCGUGCUCUGACCGGCCUCCUGCGGCCGUCUGCAGAUCAGAUGUCCUCCCUGAGCGUCUCCAGAUGUUCUCCUCUGGGCUUUGACCUAUUCUCCAUUACAUGCUGCUCUAAACAGCUUAGGCUGCGUGACAUUUAAACCUGCAGCAGCAGGAGGAGGUCCAGGGGCGCCGGCCGCUUUCGGGAGAUUAAAAGGUCAGAACAUCUCCACGCCGUCUCCUCCAGAGCCCCUUCUGACGGGGUCAGAGGUCAGAGGAGAAGCUCUGAAUCCACAGAGCAACGCCAGAACCAUUGAAGGCCUUUUUUGGUCCCUGAGGUUGGCAGACACCUGGAACACCUGGAGGAUCAAAGGGAUGCUGGUCAGAUGUUCUCAUGCUUCUGCUGCGGGGGAUGUUCUACCUGGGACUCCCUCUGGGCGGUGGGCGGAGCCUAAGCAGCCAUGUUGGUGAGAAGGUGGGAAGCUGACACAGGUUGGAGUCAGUUCUCCAGGAGAGAAGCUGAAAAUGU